AAUCCGUAAAGCCACUCCAACCAACCACUCCGAAUGAUGCCAGCUUAUUAUAGUCAGAAAUUCCACCCCAAACGGCCCCAGCAACCGUGUGAUAAUAAUGCCCUUUACCACGCGCGUGCUGAGCCUAUAAUUCCACUGCCGAGUCGCUGAACACUGAAUACAGAGCCCAGCCCAAGUAUCCUUGAGCUUCGGAAGCUUGAGAGCAGAGCAAGCAUGGCGCUCAACCACCACAGCUCCCUCGCCGUCCUCCUGCUUGCUCUCGCCGCCGCCUGCGCGGCAACGGAUUUCGAUUUCUUCUACCUUGUCCAGCAGUGGCCCGGCCCUUACUGCGACACCGAGGCCGGCUGCUGCUUCCCGGGCGACGAGAAGCCGGCGGCGGACUUCGGCAUCCACGGCCUCUGGCCGAACUACGCCGCGUGCCGCCCCGACGCCGCGACCCCGAACAGGACCAGCUGCUGGCCGGACUUCUGCAACGCCACGGACACUCUCAACCUGUCGCUUGUAAGUGUGUCAGAAUGGACAUCUCUUAAAUUGUCCCACGGCUCAGCAUCAGUGAUGGCAACGCGACCGUCCAAUGCGCAGAUCAAGGGCAUGGAGGCCGACCUGCGCCGGAGCUGGGGGACGCUGUCGUGCAAGAGCAAGGACGCCACGGACUUCUGGAGCCACGAGUGGAGCCGCCACGGCACCUGCUCCGGCAUGGGUCAGCACGCCUACUUCCGGUCCGCCUUAGACCUCAAGGCCCGGCUCGACCUCACCGGCGCCCUCCUCGACGCCGGGAUCGUGCCGUCGGACGAGGCGGAGUACUGCCUGGACCGUGUCCGGGCCGCCGUGGCCGCGGCGACGGGUGGUGCGGCGCCGAUGCUGGAGCUGGAGUGCAACCGGAGCGCGCGCAACGAGACGCAGCUGUACCAGGUGUACGUGUGCGUGGACCCCGACGGCCGGACCCUCGUCCACUGCCCGCUGCCGGCGCAGCGUGGCUGCACCGACAUGAUCAAGUUCCCACCGUUCUAGCACAAUGCUUUCGCGCGUUUUAGUCUUUC